AUGAUUCUUCAAUCUUUAAGUUUCGCCUGUUUGAGUCUUCUGGUUGCUUGCAGUCCUGAAUUCCUGGAUGAUACAGUUAGUUCCAGGGGUUAUCCCUGCAGUUUCAGAAAGAACAACUCUUUUGUUUUUGUCGACUGCCACGUUUGUCGACUUCGCUAUGUUCCUAUGAUAUUCAAGGAUGUGACAGAAGUAGAUCUUUCUUUCAAUUACAUCAUGGAAAUAACAAAUAAGUCAUUUGCAGGAUUGCUCAAUCUUACUAAGAUAAACUUAAACAGCAAUGUGGAUUCCCAGGUAGAAAAUAGAGCCAACAUAAGAACAAUGAACAUUACAGAUGGGGCCUUCUUUAACUUGAAAAAUCUAAAGGAAUUAUUACUGGAAGAAAACCAGUUACAGAAAAUACCUGUUGGUUUGCCACCCUCCUUAACAACAUUGAGCCUUGUACUAAACAACAUUUUCUCCAUAAGCAAAGAAAGCACUUUAGGACUUACUCACUUGAGAAUUCUCUAUUUGGGUUGGAAUUGUUUUUAUGGCAAUGGAUGUGAAAGGAAUGUUUCCAUAGAGGAUGGGGCCUUUGCACAUCUUACCAAUUUGACUGUGUUAUCAUUAUCUUUCAAUAACCUUUUCCAUGUGCCCACCAAGCUUCCUCCAUCUCUCAAAGAACUUUACCUCAGCAAUAAUAAGAUCAAAAAUGUCAGUCGAGAUGAUUUUAAAGGUCUGGAAAAUUUAACGGUUCUAGAUCUCAGUGGGAACUGUCCAAGGUGUUUCAAUUCCCCAUUCCCAUGUGUGCCUUGUGAAAAUGGUGCUUCAAUCCAGAUACAUCCUGAUGCUUUUCAGAAUCUGGCCCAACUAACCUAUUUGAAUCUCUCCAGCACUUCCCUCAGAAGCAUUCAUGCCUCUUGGUUCAGCAAUAUGACAAAACUAAAAGUAUUACUUCUUGAAUUUAAUUACUUAGUACAAGAAAUUGCCACUGGGGAAUUUUUAACAAAAUUGACGAAUUUAGAAAUUCUUGACCUAUCUUACAACUAUCUCAAAAAUAAUUAUCCAUUCUAUAUUACUCUUUCUAGUAACUUCUCCAAGCUGUACUCUCUCAAAAUAUUACAUUUCAGAGGUUAUGUGUUCCAAGAACUCAGGAAAAAGGAUUUUCAGUCCUUAAUGAAGCUUCCAAAAUUACAGAUUAUCAACUUGGGUGUUAACUUCAUCAGUCGUAUUAAUUUCACAUUAUUUAAAGACUUUAGUAAUUUGACCGUGAUUUAUUUGUCAGAAAACAGAAUAUCACCCCCAGUAACAGGUAGAUAUCUGUCAUUCUCUAAUCAUGUGAUUCAUCCACGCUCAAUAGAUACUGAUAAUGAACCAUUAGUUCAUGGAAUGAUAGACCCACAUGGAAACUUUUAUCAUCUUACUCAUCCUUUGAUAAAGCCUGAGUGUUCAGCUUAUGGUAAAGCCUUAGAUCUCAGCUUAAAUAGUAUGUUUUUUAUUAACUCCUUACAAUUUGAGAGUUUCAAUGAUGUAGUCUGUCUGAACUUAUCUUUUAAUGGUAAUGCACAAGUUUUAAAUGGCAGUGAAUUUUUAUCUAUGCCUCACAUCAAAUAUUUGGACUUGACUCAUAAUAAGUUGGACUUCGAUAGUGACCAUGCUUUUCAAGAAUUACAGGAGUUGGAGGUAUUAGACCUCAGUCAUAAUGAACAUUACUUUCAAAUAGCAGGGGUAACACACCGACUGGGGUUUAUUCAAAAUUUAGCCCACCUCAAAGUUUUAAACUUAAGCCAAAAUGACAUUUUUACCUUAACGGAGCAUCAGUUGGAAAGCAACUCCCUGGAAGAAUUAGUUUUCAAAGGCAACCGCCUAGACAUCAUGUGGAGUGAGGAAGAUAAUAGAUACAUUAAGAUUUUUACCAACCUCUCCCACUUGACUCGACUUGACCUAUCCUUCAACAGGCUUCACACAAUACCAAAUGCAGCAUUCGAUUAUCUACCCCAAAGCCUUGUGGAGCUGAGGCUAAACAAUAACCACCUGAGGGUCUUCAACUGGAUAUCACUGCAGUAUUUUCAGAACCUCACACUGCUUGACCUACGCUCUAAUUCACUCUUCACCAUCAACCCUGAUCUGUAUGAAUCUUCAGUGCAGAUUCUGUUGCUGGGGAAAAACAUGAUUUCACACCUCCCUGAUGGCUUACUUUCUAAAGCUAAGAAUAUUUACCACCUUGAUUUAAGUUUUAACCACAUAAAAAUGAUCAACAAGUCAACAUUUCACAUGAAGACCUCAAAUAAUCUUAAGAUUUUGAACCUAAAAGGGAAUCCUUUUGAUUGCAUCUGUGAAAUGGGAGAUUUUCGUAAAUGGAUAGAUGAAAACCUUAAUGUCACAAUUCCUAGACUGGUAGAUGUCAUUUGUUCUACCCCUGGAGACCACACAGGUAAAAGCAUUAUGGAACUGGAGUUGACAACCUGUGUUUCAGAUCUUAUUGCCUUCAUCUCUUUUUUCUUUUCAUUCAUUAUUACAGUGACCACUAUGGUAAUGGCCACUUUUCAUCAUUUUUUCUAUUGGGACAUAUGGUAUAUUUAUCACUUGUGCUCAGCAAAAAUAAAAGGUUAUAAGUCUCUUUCUACAUCCCAAGCAUUCUAUGAUGCUUUUGUUGCUUAUGAUACCAAAGAUACUUGUGUUACUGACUGGGUAAUAAAUGGGCUCCGAUUUCAACUAGAAGAAAAUGAAGAAAAGAAGGUUCUCCUUUGUCUAGAAGAGAGGGAUUGGGAUCCAGGAAUAGCUAUUAUUGAUAAUCUCAUACAGAGUAUUAAUCAGAGCAAAAAGACAAUAUUUGUCUUAACCAAAAAAUAUGCAAAAAACUGGAAUUUUAAAACUGCUUUUUACUUAGCAUUGCAGAGACUUAUGGAUGAGAACAUGGAUGUGAUCAUAUUUAUCCUCCUGGAGCCAGUGUUACAGCAUUCUCAGUAUCUGAGACUGAGGAGGAGAAUUUGUAAAAGCUCUGUUCUCAAGUGGCCUGAUAAUCCAAGGGCUGAAGACUUAUUUUGGCAAAGUCUUAAAAAUGUAGUUUUAACAGACAAUGAUACGCGAUACAAUAAUUUGUACAUCAAAUUCAUUAAAUGA